AAUGGAAUAAGCAAAAUUCGAGCAUCAUCCAUUCAUAUACCAAUGAUAUAAUAUUUUCAAAUCCAGUUGAAGAUCGUAGAAAGGCAACCUAAGAAUUUAAAAGCCUACACACUCUUCAGCCUCAAUUUACAGAUUGGUGAGUCAAAAAGCUAAAAAAGCGCUUCGCGUAAUUAACAUUCACCGCAAGCUCAGCUAACAAAGCCAUGCAAAAGCAGAUGACCCGUAAUCAUGAGCCGCCCGCGCAGAUGGAACGGGAGGUUUUAACUUAGCUAUCCGGAAAUAAGUUAUUAAGGAAAGGCGUUUGCGCGCGAAAUCAGGCGCUUUUUCUCGCACUUACGUUGGCUACGACAUUUACGCGCUCCGUUACGGUUGGCUCAGUCGGACGUUGUACUACUCCUCGCGGUGCACACUAACUCGGUAUCCGGGUAACGGCUACACAAACCACGUGCGCGUUGAUGAAUACUAGGCUGAAGGAUCUCGAUUAUAGCUAAACGGCUCAAAAUCGCUAACACAUCGAAGACGAAAAGAACACAAGCUUACGGAUAGCAAAUAGUGGACGAAUACGGGAUGAAGUACGUUCUAGUGACCGGCGGUGUGAUAAGUGGUGUAGGCAAGGGCGUUAUCGCCAGCAGCUUCGGAGCAAUCCUCAAAUCCUGUGGCAUACACGUCACCUCAAUAAAGAUCGAUCCUUACAUCAACAUUGACGCUGGUACAUUCUCGCCUUAUGAGCACGGCGAAGUUUAUGUAUUAGAUGACGGCGGCGAGGUUGACCUUGAUCUUGGAAAUUAUGAAAGGUUCCUCGACGUCAUACUUCACAAGGAUAACAAUAUCACUACUGGUAAAAUCUAUGAGCAUGUCAUUAAAAAAGAAAGAAAAGGCGAUUACUUGGGAAAAACAGUCCAAGUAGUGCCACAUAUUACAGAUGCUAUUCAAGAAUGGGUUGAAAGAGUAGCAAAUCAACCAGUUAUGAAUGAUGGCCAAAAACCAGAAGUCUGUAUAGUGGAAUUAGGUGGAACUAUUGGUGAUAUUGAGGGAAUGCCAUUUGUAGAAGCAUUUCGUCAAUUUCAAUUUAGAGUUAAGAAAGAAAAUUUUUGUUGUGCGCAUGUUUCACUUGUGCCAUGUCCUAAAUCAGCAGGAGAACCAAAAACAAAACCAACACAGUCAAGUGUUAGGGAAUUACGUGGAUUUGGAUUAUCCCCAGAUUUAAUUAUUUGUAGAUCAGAAGAGCCAAUUGGAAAUAAUAUUAAAAAUAAAAUAUCAAAUUUUUGCCAUGUUUCACCUGAACAAGUUAUAACAAUUCAUGAUCUUUCAUCCAUUUAUCGAGUUCCUUUAUUAAUGAAAGAUCAAGGAAUCAUUGAGUACUUAAACGAAAGACUUCAAUUAAAUAUACAAAUGCCUUUACAAGUAACAUUUAUGGAAACAUGGCGAAAUCUUGCAGAGCAUGUAGAUCAAUUAAGAAAUUUGGUAAACAUUGCAUUAGUUGGUAAAUACACUAGACUUGAAGAUGCAUAUGCGUCGGUUGUUAAAGCACUCCAACAUGCAGCAGUUAAAUCAGGUUAUAAGUUAAAUUUAACAUUUAUUGAUGCUGUUAAUUUAGAAUCUCAAACAAAAGAAACAAGCCCAAUAUUAUAUCACAAAGCAUGGCAACAACUUUGUAGUGCUGAUGGUGUAAUAGUUCCUGGUGGUUUUGGUCAAAGAGGAAUUACUGGAAUGAUUGAAACUUGUAAAUGGUGUAGAGUACAAAAUAAGCCAUUGCUUGGAAUUUGCUUAGGUUUACAAACAAUAGUAAUUGAAUUUGCCAGAAAUGUACUUCAACUUGAAAAUGCUAACAGUACCGAAUUUGAUCAGGAUUGUAAAAAUCCUGUAAUAGUAAAUAUGCCUGAACAUAACAAUGGUAACAUGGGUGGGACCAUGAGGUUGGGAAAACGAUCUACUCGUUUUGUUAGUCCUACUUCUAUAGUACGACAACUAUAUGGAAAUCCAGAAAUUAUAAAAGAAAGGCAUAGGCAUAGAUACGAAGUGAAUCCAAAAUAUGUAGCAAGAAUGGAGGCUUUUGGUUUGAAAUUCGUAGGACAUGAUGAACAUCAUAUUCGAAUGGAAAUAGUUGAAUUAGAAGGACAUAAUUACUAUGUUGCAACUCAAUAUCAUCCUGAAUAUUUAUCAAGGCCACUUAAGCCUUCACCACCAUUUCUAGGAUUAAUUUUGGCUAGCGUGGGAAAAUUAAAAGCCUAUUUAACAAAGAAAUGUAGGGUAUCACCUUCACAACUAAGUGAUAAUGAUUCAGAUGAAGCGUGUACUGUAGAAUGUAUAAAUCGUCAAAGUUUAAAAGAUUAAUAUUUAAUUAAAGUAUUGUA